CUCAAACCAAACGAAAACGAAAGACGUAAAAAAUAUAAAAUAUAAACAUUCGCUUGAUUCGCUCGAAAAGGCAUCAAAAAUGUUCCGUCUUCAUCUUCAGCUAUAGAAAAACAUGUGAGAACCUUUGUCGCGGAUAAACAAUUGACGGAAAUUGAAACACAACAAUGGACAGCGUAAAACAAAAAUCUGCAAUCACUGAAAAAGUGAUGCUGAAGACGUUGAAAAGCGUUUUCAAGCAUCGACAUUUUCGGAGCCAAACACAGGAAGCGGCAAUUAGAACCAUCCUGCAGGGAAAGAGGGAUGUUUUCGUGUCGAUGCCUACCGGUUCCGGAAAGUCCUUGUGCUUCCAGUUGCCUGCGGUGGCCAACGAGGGAAAAGUCACCAUUGUCUUCUCUCCGCUCUUGGCGCUCAUGAAAGAUCAGCUGGAUUAUUUGAACAAGGAGUUGAAUGUUGAUGCAAAGACCAUCAACAGCAAAAUGACCUUGACUGAGAGAGCUCUGGUGCUUACAGAUCUUAAAAGCGACAGACCGUCCACGAGACUUCUCUACGUCACUCCCGAGCAAGCUAAGACGGACACUUUCAGAGAAGUGGUGCAGAAGUUGCACAAGAAUGGCAAGUUGGGCUGCUUUGUGGUGGAUGAGGCGCACUGCGUCAGCCAGUGGGGUCAUGACUUCCGGCCAGACUACUUGAAGCUCGGAAAGUUAAGGACUUUGUGUCCAGGAGUGCAGUGGGUUGCGGUCACAGCAACUGCCAGCAAAAGUGUUCAGAAGGACAUUUACGAGCAGCUGAAGCUGCAGUCACCAGCUGCCUUCAGGGUGUCCUGCUUUCGAAGCAACCUGUUCUAUGAUGUGGUCUUCAAGGAUGCUAUGGACGAGGACCCCAUUGCCGACUUAGUGGAAUUUAUGGAAAUGGCGGAAUCAGAUGACUUUGCCGAGGAGGGUUUCCAGAGUGGAAUCAUUUACUGCCGGACAAGAAAUCAGACAGAGGAGCUUGUGUCCCGACUUAGAGGGGCAGGUAUCGAGGCUCUAGCCUAUCACGGAGGUCUGAAGGACAAGGAGAGAGUGGCUGUCCAGGAAGACUGGAUGCAGGAAAGGUGCAAAAUAAUUGUGGCCACAGUCAGCUUUGGCAUGGGAGUUGACAAAGGCAACGUUAGGUUUGUGGCUCACUGGGGUUUGCCACAGAAUGUUGCUGGAUACUACCAGGAAUCUGGCAGAGCAGGUCGAGACGGAAAACCAGCCAGGUGCCGCAUUUACUACUCGAAAAAGGAAAAAGACGCAGUCACCUUUCUGCUGAGUAAAGCCAUGUCCAAAGAAACUAAGGAAAGCAAAAAGAAGCAGGCCAAGGCAGCCAUGGAUAGCUUCUUACUAAUGAUCAAGUACUGCGAAGAAGUGAAGUGCCGACAUGCGGUUUUUACUGAUUAUUUUGGAGAUGAACUGCCUGAAUGCAAAAACAAGUGCGACUGCUGUGUCAAUCCAAAGGCUGUGCAGAAAAAGAUUAACGAUUUUGAGACUAGAAGCAUGAGAUUUAGGACAAGUAUUGGCAAGUCUGGUGGAGACAUUGACGACGAGUUGUACGGAGGCGGCCGGGCAGGCCUGAAAAAAGAGACUGAAGAGUAUUCAAAAAUUGGAAAAUCAAACCAAUCAACUGCCAAAUCAGCCCUAAGCACCCUUAUAGGAAAACAGUUUGCUUUGAGGAAGCAGUCGACUGGCUCUCAAGAAUCUGACUAUGGAAAGUCUUCUAGAGUUAAGGCUGCUGCCAGUACGUCUUCCAAAGUCAAUGGACUGAAUGUUGCUACGAGGGAGACAUAUUUAAAUUUGAUAGAGGAUAUGCUGAAAAAGAACAGAGACAAGUGUCGAGCAAUUGGCGAGCUUGAAGAAGAAUUUGGAGAUGAUCUUGUGAGCCAAACUGCAAUUCAUUUGGAGUAUGAUGCCUUCUGCUCCACGAUUGUUGCCUCUAUAUACAGGAAAGUCCUUAUGAAAAUUGUCACCGACAUCAAAUCCAACACCAGCAACUUUUGUUUGGACCCUCGAAUUAGAAGCUUUAUUAAUAAUGGGGGCGUAGUGGAAGGGACAAGCUGUGCCAAGUCUGACGAACCUAAACAAGAGAAGGUGGAAAUCAAGUCGGCGUUACAGGUUUAUUCUGAGCAGCAACAGCAACAACCCGCCAGCCAAAAUCAAAACGGCUACACAUCUGCGUCCACGUUGCUGCCCAAGCAAUCUGCACCAAAUAAAAAGCAAGUGGCCAAAGCGCUAGAGUUGGACAAGGCUAAAAAAGCACCCAAGAAACCAAUUAUCCUGAAAAAUGACAAGCAGCAGACAUCCAUAACCACCUUUUUUGGGGUGAAGGAUGAGGCUGGCAAGGUCAACAGGAAGGUCUCUCCAGCACCACCCGACAACUGUGAUCUUCUUAACCAAAAAGUCCACACGCAGUCAACAUCUACACACUGUCCAAGAAAAGUUCCUGAAGUUGAUUCUCCGCAGUUUGAACACUCGACAGAUUUUAAGAAGGAGUCUCAUCGAAAGCAGGUCUCUGCUGCCAGUAAAAAAGAGAAACGGAAAAUCAGUGCUGGGAGCAAAGAGGAUGCCGUACAAAACAAGAAGAGCAAGAGUUCCAGAGAUGGCGGUGCUGCCAAGACCAAGGCAGCUCUUGCAGAGAAAAUAAUCAUUCUGCUCAACCCCCACUACAAGACUGGAAAAAUCAAAUCUAAAGAGGCCUUUAAAAAAAUUGCUAGGACCAUCUCCCACUACUUGUCAUCAAAUUAUGAUAGAGUUCCAGAUGAUGAGACUCUGCAAGUCACUGUCAUGUCCUAUCUAGAUCAGGUGCCAGUAUUCGAGACAGAGGAGGACGUUUUCAAUUUGUAAGUAGUGUUUAGUGUCGUGCACUUCAGAGUUUUACCUUAAAUUUUUUAAAUGUCUCCUAACGUAUUUUGAUUUUACAUUUGUGCAUAUAAAACCAACUCUUAGUUAGGUUUUUAUUUAUCAACUUUAUCAACAAAACUUUCUUAGGUGAUUGAUUGAUUAAAAGUAAAAAAUUCAGGCAAAUAUUUUGGAAAUAAUUUUUUUGCAAUAUGUUAUCUCUGCUGUAAUUGAAACACAUCAUUUCUAUGUAGUCUUCCCUAGAAAUAUAGUUUAUGAAAUGUAAAUAUUUAAAGUAAUUGUGAUAAUGAGGAAAGAGGAAACAAAAAUAUCGAGAUUAUUUUGUUUACCUACAUUUCAAUUCAAUCUUUUCUCGUAAAAGCUGCUGUUAUAACAUAUAAAGAGAUGCUAACUCAUACUGUCUGUGCAUGGGCAACAAAAAUAUUCACUAGACAUUUAGAAGAAAGCUUUUAAAAUCAACGCAUUCUCACAUAUAAUUUAAAUAAAUGAAAUAGUCCUAUUUUUGCGACCGUAACUCAAAAUUGUGAGCUCUGACUGAGUGCAGAAAAGUUGCAUUAAGAACUUCUUUUUCUUCAUUAAAAUUGGUACGUUUUGUUCCACAUAAUAUCUAAAUAACCGCAUCUUUUGUCAUCUUGACUUGCUAACUUUGCUGACAGCCUUUAAAGGGAAACUAAGGAUUUGAAUUCCUCAGAGAUCUGUUAAACUCUCAAACAGUCUGGCAUUUACAACGCAAUGUAAUUCAAUUAAAAAUAUAGCAAUCGCCAUAUUCAGCAGAAAACAAGUACGAAAUUAUUUCGUUCUUUUUAUUUAUUGCUCAUAAUCAGAUCCCUGGCUGCAGUCGUGUUUGCACAAAAAAGGGUCGUAAGACUCGUGCCAGCGUCAUAAUAAAUCCCGCUAGAAUUCCUUGAGAAAUCCCCAAAUAAGGAACAGAUUAGAUAAAACUCGUAAGAUAUCUUUAUGAAAACGCGUCAGAGUUUCUUGGGGAAAAACUUAAGGUAAUAUGUUUUUAAAGCUUUAAAACCUGGGAAAACCGAUGCCUUCAUAGUAAUUAUGCACUUAUGCAUAAAAA